AUGGGAGUGCCGCCCAACUCUCUACGUAGACAUGGCGAGCGCAAUGCUCUGCCGGAUCUCAGGGACUUCCAGUUCACCUUUGACUUCCACGAUGCCAUUGAGCCGGAUCAGUUCGCCAUGAGAAUGAUAGACGACGAUGAAUCUCUAUCAAGCAGCGUGCUGGACUAUCCCGAAGAAUUCGGCCGCACCUAUCACGCUUACCAUGCGGGCUCAUACGUUUAUCCUAAUGACCUCACGGAACAAGAGCGCCUGGCGCUUCAAGGGCCCAUCAUCAAGAGACUAUUCGACGAUAGGCUCUAUUUUGCCCCGCUCUCGCCAUCGGAUCCUCCGCAAUUCAUUCUCGACAUCGCUACCGGUGUGGGGGACUGGGCCGUCGAGAUGGGCGACUUAUUUCCUUCAUCGCGGGUUGUUGGCACGGACCUGUCCCCGAUCCAACCAGACAUGGUACCUCCAAACGUUGAAUUCUACGUUGAAGACUCAUCGGAGCCGUGGAGUUACUCGGAUAAGUUUGGCUAUAUACACACUCGGCUCACGGCCGGCUGCUGGAGCUCCUUCGAGGAGCAAGUUGCCCAGCAGGCCUUUGACGCGCUCGAACCUGGCGGCUGGUUCGAGGCACAGGAAACCGAAGCCUUUUUCUGCUGCGAUGACGGCACCAUGGACCCCGACGGCCCCAUGUGUACAUGGUUCCAGGAAAUGAGAGAUGCCUGCGAGAAACUGAAUCGUCCUGCAACGUUGGGCUCCAGCCUAAAGGAAAUGUUCGAGAGGGUAGGCUUCGUCGACGUGGAACAGCUUGUCUUUAGACUACCGCUCAACGCGUGGCCAAGGGAUGAGCGGCUCAAGGACCUGGGCUGGAUGUGGGGACAAAAUUUCUCGCAGGGGUUGAACGGGUUUUCCACCCAACUCAUGAAUAGAGCGUAUGGCCGUACUCAAGACGAAAUUGAGCUAUCACUCGUCAGAGUCCGGGAAGAAAUUCUCGACCCACGUGUACACGCUUAUAUGCCCAUUUUCGUGGUGUUUGGAAGAAAGCCCUUUAUUGGAGAGAUGGUUGAGUGA